CUUGCGUCACUGAGGUGCGACUGGGACGGCCGCCGCGCCGUUGCCGCCUAGCGGGCUUAGCUGAGCAGCGGUCGAGGCGGCGUCGCUGGCUCGGGGAGAGCAUGCCUUGAACAGGAAACUAUGUGAAGCAAAACUCUUUCUGAAUUCUGAAAGACACCAUUUCACCAUGGGACAGCAAAUUUCGGAUCAGACGCAGUUGGUUAUUAACAAGUUACCAGAAAAAGUAGCAAAACACGUCACCUUGGUUCGAGAAAGUGGCUCCUUAACUUAUGAAGAGUUUCUUGGGAGAGUAACUGAACUCAAUGAUGUAACUGCUAAGGUAGCUGCUGGCCAGGAAAAGCAUCUUCUCUUUGAGGUACAACCUGGGUCUGAUUCCUCUGCAUUUUGGAAAGUGGUUGUACGGGUGGUCUGUACCAAGAUUAACAAAAGCAGUGGUAUUGUGGAAGCAUCACGGAUCAUGAAUUUAUACCAGUUUAUUCAGCUUUAUAAAGACAUCACAAGUCAAGCUGCUGGAGUGUUGGCUCAGAGCUCCACCUCUGAAGAGCCUGAUGGGAACCCAUCCUCUGUAACCUCGUGUCAGGCUAGUCUGUGGAUGGGCAGGGUGAAGCAGCUGACUGAUGAGGAGGAGUGUUGUAUCUGCAUGGACGGCCGGGCUGACCUCAUCCUGCCCUGUGCUCACAGCUUCUGUCAGAAGUGUAUUGAUAAAUGGAGUGAUCGACACAGGAACUGCCCCAUUUGUCGCCUACAGAUGACUGGAGCAAACGAAUCGUGGGUGGUAUCAGACGCACCCACUGAAGAUGACAUGGCUAACUAUAUUCUUAAUAUGGCUGAUGAGGCAGGCCAGCCCCACAGGCCCUGAGUGGGGAAGACUCUUGUUAUUGUGAGCUCCAAAUACACUGUGGUCGUAGAGGAGGAGUGGAGGGGUGUGUUGCACACAGGAAGAUCAGUUUUCCCACCCUCUUAUUUUUGCUAUUCUGAUGAUAUGUCCCAUUCUGAAAUAAACUCCCAUGUCUUCCAUGUA